CAAACGACCCUAAGAAACCAAAUUUAUCAAUUGUCACAUCUCACCGUUAACAAAUUCUAAAAUCAAAGAAUGGUCAAAAGACGACUGCAUACGUGUAUGCUUAUGUCUAUAAUUUGCUAUUGUUUUGUGUCGAAAUAAUUUUGUGUGACAGUAGUCGAUGCAGGCAGGCAAUGAAGCCCCCGUACAUCAUUCUCCUCUUUACACACUGCAUUUUCACUGGAAUAACAGCGAUUCAGGCUGGACUGUGCCCCUCAGGAUGGAACAGUGCACCAAACAGAAGAAAUUGUUUCCUUCUUGUACCAAAUGUAAGUUCAUGGGAUGACGCAGAAGCCAUAUGUCAGAAUCGCAGUGGUCAUCUGGCUGCAUUGACAUCUGUCCAAGAACUUAAGUACGUGCAAGCACUUUGCAGAAAUGUUAGUAAAGGAUGCUGGGUUGGGGGCCAUGGUGUUAGAUCUAAAAAAGGUUUCAGUUGGCAGUGGAGUGAUCAUCAAUCCCAUUGGAACAACUCUUCUUUUCCUAGGGCACCAACUUUUUUCAACUGUCCACAAUCUUCCUGCGUCAAGACAAAUCUUACUGAGUUAUGUACUCUAGUUAUGAACAGAAAAGUUCCCCUAGUGGGUGAUGAAUGCAAAAAUUCACACGAAUUUGUAUGUAUGCUAAGCAAAGGAAAUAAAUGUGAACCUGGACAUUGCCACAGGGAGUACACUAUCAUCCUUGCAGUUGUUAGUGGGUUUAUCCUCCUUACCACAUUUGCCGUGGUGAUUUGGCUUCUUGUUUACAAGCGAAACAGAAGACGCAGGAGAUCUAGGAAAAUUUCUAGCCCAUCUGCUGCUUCUCUUGUUCCUCCUUCAUGGAGGGUGUACACUAAUGAUGAAUUGAGAAUGAUUACUAAAAAUUUUGGGGAUGGGAAUAAACUCUUAGGAGAUGCAAUGACAAAGACAGGAGGAACAUACGGAGGUAUCCUGCCUGAUGGCUCACUAGUAGCAGUCAAAAAGCUAAAGAAGUCUAGCUUGCAAAGUAAGAAAGAGUUUUUGUCUGAAAUUGGAAGGAUAGCACGCCUUCGUCAUGACAACCUUGUAGCAAUCAAAGGAUGUUGCUAUGAGCAUAAUGAACGAUAUAUUGUUUAUGAGUUUGUAGCGAAUGGCCCUCUGGACAGAUGGCUGCAUCACCUUCCACGGGGAGGUAGGAGCCUAGAUUGGGGGAUGAGAAUGCGAAUUGCAACUACACUUGCCCAGGGCAUUGCGUUUCUACAUGACAAAGUCAAACCUCAUGUGGUGCACCGAGAUAUACGAGCCAGCAAUGUACUGUUAGAUGAAGAAUAUAGGGCACAUUUAUUGGGUGUUGGCCUGUACAAAUUUGUGCCAUGGGAAGGCAUACAUGAGAGAACGGUUAUGGCCGGCACUUAUGGGUAUCUUGCUCCUGAAUUUGUUUACCGGAAUGAGCUUACAACCAAAAGUGAUGUUUACAGCUUUGGAGUUUUGUUGCUUGAACUUGUAAGUGGACGCAAACCAGUUCAAACCAUUGAAUCUGUGGACUGGCAGGCAAUCUUUGAGUGGGCUACACCCCUUGUUCAGUCCCACCGGUAUACCGAAUUGUUGGAUCCUGUCAUUACUGACAUUCCUGAUAUAGGACAAAUCCAAAAGGUGGUUGACCUUGCUUAUACGUGUACUCAGCAUGUUCCUUCCAUGCGGCCACACAUGUCUUACGUGGUUCAUCAGCUACAACAGUUGGAAAUGAAAGUUGCGUUAGAGGCAGGCAGGAUAGCUGUUGGGAACUCCUCAACCAUGUCAAUGGAGGUAGAGUUUAUUGCUUGAUUGGAAGCAAUUUAACAGAAUUUAGAACAUCAAUGUAAGUAGAUGAUGUUCUUGUAUUAUAAAUCAAGUAUUUGGCUGUCAUAAUUUAUUAAGACUAACUGCUGACCCUCAAUGAAUGGCAACAGUGUCUCAUGACAAAAAUGUACGAAACAUUUAUUUGUUCCUAAACAAGAACUCUGCAAAUUGUUUAUA